GCGAUGCGCUUGCUCAACACGUACGAAGCCAUCUUGGCCCGCGUCCACGACCUCCGCCUCGACUCGCCGCUCAUCGGCGUCGUCGACCUCGACGUGCUCGACCCCUCGACGUUCGACGUCCGUGCGUACGUUCCGGCGCUGCAGGCGUCGCUCACCUCGCUCUUGCUGACGACGCCAGCGCUGCAAGAGGUGCUCGUGCCAGGCAAGACAGCGACGAUCGGCGCCACCGACGACCAGCUGCGCGCGGCCACCGUCGAGCUGCGCGACGAGACGGACGACCUGCUCACCAACUUGCUGACGAUCCACUUUGACCUCGUGGACGAGGUGCCGGUGCGCGUUGUGGUCACGCACCCGUCCCCGGUGCUGGUGCGGGUGUACCUUGUCGUCGGACAUGCCUUUACGGACGGCCACUCGCUCUUUUCGACGCUCGCACUGCUCCUCGCCGGUGUCUCGGACGACGAGCCGUCAACUUCAACUGCCCCGUCGCGGACGCCGUGGGCGCCGCGCCCGCAGCCGCACGACUUGCCGUCGGACGUCACGUGGUGGCACGAAGUGACGGGCAUGGCGGCGUACUCGCUCCUCGUUCUCAAGCAAAAGCUGUUUGGGCAUCUCUGGAAGCCCAAGACCGACACGAACGAGACGAUUGCAAACGCGCUCUUGAGCGGACCCGAGUCGUACCCGCAAUUUGCCUACUCGGCGACAGUCCCGGCGCCGAUUGUGGCCCGUCUCCGAACGGCUUGUCGUGACCGAGGCUUGACCCUCUCGUCGCUCUUCAACGCCGUCCUCAUGGCGACCGCGAUGGAGCGUUUUGAGCCACCGAGCGUCACGGCGCAGACAAUGAUCAACCUGCGCUGGCACCACGUGCCGACCGCGGGCCUCGGCGGCUACUUGGCUGACUCGGACUUGGCGACGUUAUACGCUGCCGACUACACUGCCGACGCGCUGCUGGCACCGACGACGCUCUGGGCCAUGGCCCACGACGCCAAGUGGAUCCUGUCGCCGCGGAUGCUCAAGCGCGCGGUCGGUCGGUCGUUCUUUAUCAACCGGCAUCUCGAGGCGAUUCGUCGCGUGCCCGCCGUCGAGAUUGCGACGGGCGACCUCAUGGCCGCCAGCUUUGUGACGUCCAACCUCGGUGCCACCCCGUACUUUGCGUCGUCGUACCCGCGUGGCCUCGGCGUGCGCGCGUCGCGCUUCUACUAUGGCGCGAUGGUGCCCUUCUUUGCGUUUAGCACGUGCAAGGACUUGCACGUGACGCUCACGAGCCGCACCGCGUGGCUCUCGAUGGCCGACGCGGAAGCGUGGCUGGCGUCCUUUGUGACGACGCUCACGUCCCUCGUCGACGCGUAGUGUCUCUUGCUCAGCUCUCAUCAGUCGCAACUCGCAUGCUGCCUAAGCCCAAGAUAAUGUAUGGACGCUCCCA